AUGGACCAUAAUAUUUCAGUUUUCAUCCUCCUGGUAGCGUCAUGCCUUGCUGCUGACGAAGGUCAUGGACAAGCAGUCUCUUCACAAAGCAUAGUUCAUCACGACCAGCCUACCCAUGGAAUCGCCACUCAAUUUGCAGCUGCACCAAUAGUUCACCACUCCGCUCCUCUUCUCCAACAGCAUUCAACUAUUCUACAGCAGAGUGCGCCCGUCGUUCACGCCACCCCUAUUGCCCCCGUGGCUUUAGCACGCGCUGAACAUAUAGAAGAAAAUGCUCCUGCUCAUUAUGAGUUCUCAUACUCAGUUGAAGACCCUCACACCGGUGACCACAAAUCCCAACACGAGAGUCGCGAAGGUGAUGUUGUAAAAGGCGAGUACUCGCUUCUGCAGCCUGACGGUUCCGUCAGAAGGGUUGAAUACAGCGCUGACGACCACUCCGGCUUCAAUGCUAUUGUUCACAACUCUGCUCCAUCAGCGCAUGCAGCUCCUGCAGCACCGGUUGUUCAAGCCGCCCAUGCCCCUACUGUCCACGCUGCCCCCAUCGUCCAUACUGCUCCUAUUGUCCAUGCGGCUCCCAUUAUCCAUGCUACCCCAAUUGUGCAUGGUCCCAUCGUACACGCGGCUCCACUAUAUGCCCAUCAUUAA